AGAGAGAGAGAGAGAGAGGAGAUUGACAAGGAUAGAUUGACGAGGAUAGAGAGAAAGCCCUGCUGUCACUGGCUAGUUUAGUGAUUCCAGCUCCACUGAAGGCGACCGUCUUCCAUUCUCCCGUCCACCACCUGUUUCUUCUGGGCCUUUGGGCCGCACAGCAUGAGGCAACUACCAUGGGCUUUAAGGAAAACUUCUCGGAGAUUGAUCCUGUCACUUUGAACCUCUGCAUCCUAAUCGCCAGCUAUGUUAUCUUGCUUCUGGUGUUCCUGAUAUCUUGUAUAAUGUAUGACUGCCGGGGCAAGGAUCCAACCAAGGAGUAUGCGCCGGAUCCUGUGCCUACCCAAUCCCCCAUCAGACUGGUGGUGAUGCAGCAGACCACCCCUUCUCCACAACAUCAACGCUGGGACCAGACUAAUAUGGUCACCUCAUACGAGCCUCAGCCCAGUCCAGACUUCAGGGAGAAGAAGAGCACCAUGGUCUAGAAGGACUACUGUGGUGCUGAAUAACUCAGUCCACCACCCGUUGGAAUUAUCGCAGCGGGAUAAACUUUUGUACAUAUAUGUUUUUUUAAAAUCUGUUUAUACAUUUGUUUUUUAGACUGUAUUCUUCCCUGGAAGCCAGAACAAUGCUAGGAUUGGACCUGCAGAAGACCAGUCUGAGACGGUAAGAGAGUGGCGUGUGUGUGCAGUGUUGAUGCACAUGAAAUCCCUCUUUUAGAAAGCUCUGGUGGAUCACAGAAGCCUACAGCAUAUUCUAAAAGAAGAAAUGACACAACUGAUAAUCAACAUGGAAUUCCUUGAGCUGUCCUAUUAACAGUGGUUUGUGUUACAAGACAUGAGAGGGAAAUGCAAUUGACUGAAAAAUGGUUGCAGUUUUCAAACCUUAUCUUUGCAUGUAGCUCAACUAUAAUUUACAUCACAAAAUGCCUCAGUGUUUAAAUUUGUUACAAAGUAUUACCAGAUAAUUUCUCAUUUUAAAGAGAGACAGGUCUGUCCCCUCUCAGUGAGCGUUCGUUGUCAUCUUGCUUCACUAUUUUGUCAAAUGUUACUUGAUAGAAAUUUGUAUGAUGCUCUGCCAGUGGAAUGUUUUCAUCAACGACAGACUUGUUGCCCUAUCUCAAUCAGGACUCAGGAGGAGUGCAUUACAAAGUGUGCCCUGGCAUUUUCAGAUUAGGAGAUUGCCCAACAUUUCCUGGUAGGUGUAGCGCCUUGUUUAUAGGGAAACUAAGGUAGCCAUUAGCCAAUUACAUAACUUGAAAGUGGUGAUCCUAACUGACCUCAGACAGGGAAUCUUUACUAGGAUUAAAUGUCAGGAAUUGUGAAAAACUGAGUUUAAAUGUAUUUGGCUGGUGUAUGUAAACUUCCGACUUCAACUGUAUCUGUUGCUUGGUGUAACAUUAUAUGGAUUUUAAAUUGUCAAAUCAAAUAUUCUAAAGGCUAUUCCUUUUCAUUCUGUAUGAGUGAGUACAGGGCCUCCUGUAGCUCAGUUGGUAGAGCAUGGCGCUUGCAACGCCAGGGUUGUUGGUUCGUUUCCCCCGGGGGGCCAGUAUGAAAAAAGUAUGCACUCACUAACUGUAAGUCGCUCUGGAUAAGAGCGUCUGCUAAAAUAAAAAAAUGUACUGUAUAUGAUUUACUAGAUAGCCCAAUUUAUGCACAGAUUCUUUGACUGAGGUUGUGUGAUUCCAAUGUUUUUCCUCUUUUAUUCUGACUGGCAGUGUUUCCAUUUGGCGUCUGUGUUAUAGGUAUAUGAGAUGCUAGAGGUGGUCUGUCUUUUGUUUUGUUGUCCUAAUGCUGAAAGGGGAGAAUGCAUCCACAAUGCAGGCCUCAUGAGGACUGGUAGGUUUGGAUUGUCGUGGCCAUACAUUCUCCUCCCACAAUUCACUAGGCCAUCACAGACUCCAUUGAACGACAACAGUAUAUUGUGAGACAGAGGUUGUAAUUAACACUUAUCCAAUUAUUCAGUCAAUCUGCUUGAAUUAGGAACUCUAAAAGAGAGUGCAAGCUGAGGCUAUAAACUGAAUUAAGCCAUUGCAUGUAAUAUAAUUAAACGCCUGUAAUCAUACAUUCACUCGAAGGUGUGACGGAAACCCGUAGUAGUCACUGCCAAAACUAGCACCUGUACACACCGAAAUAGCUUUGCCCAUGCCAUCUUACUUGGAGCAUAAACAAAUUAAGCUGUUUUAGUCCUUGUACUUAGAAAUGCUACAUGUAUGCACCUUGCCCUGAGCUGACAAAGCUGGCAAAGCAGCUCCAAUAGCUUGAUUACAGUACAACAACAACACCUACAGUACCAACAUAAUAUUACAGUACAACAUCAACACCUACAGUACCAACAGAAUAUUACAGUACAACAUCAACACCUACAGUACCAAUAGAACAUUACAGUACAACAACAUCAACACCUAGGGAAUCACACCAUCUCCGUAUCAGUUAUUGACAGAGAAAGACACUUACAUUUCUUGAAGUAUUUUACUUGAGAAAAUGUAUUUCUCAAAAGCUGGAAUCAAGAGAUUCCAAGUGAUGAGAUACACUCUAGCAAUCUGAAAGGAUCAUGUUCAGCUGAGUAUUAAGAUGAAUGAUUACCACUGAGAUAGAAUACCACAGAAUCCCAUCUAAGAAUCUACUGUAUGGGAACAAAUAAUUGUAACUUUUAGAAAAGGCAACAUGUUUAAUGUGAACAUAAAUCCAAAUGUUACAAAUAUCUGAAAAUGCUUGUAAUAGUUUUUCAACAGUGAAGAGCAAUGUUGCACCAAUGUAUUAGCUGGGUGCAGGCCGGCUCUCAUGCCUCUAUGCAGAGACUACACCAGUAAUCCUUUGCUACAGGGGGCAAUGUGCUUUGCACCGGUUAAGAACACGCCAUACUCAGCUUGUUAGCUACUAGAUCAUUUAUUAACUCUGUUGAGGCUGGGACACAACACAGGCUCUAUCUUACUUUACAGAAGUUUGAUUUGAUGAUUGAAAUGGGCAUUGAUAGCAUGGCUAUCAUAUACACUAAUAUAUCCACCAUGCCAUGAAUUGUAAAAUGUGUUCAUUUAGUUGUUUAAUCUCUUUACUAAAACCUCAAAGGGCACAGCUAUGUAUUUAGAUGUUUUGCCUUUUCACAUUGACAAUAUUGUUUCAUUAAGCAUCUGAAUAUCACACCUUUACAUUUUUUGUCAUCUUUGUUAUUCUAAGUGUGCGGAUGUGGAUAUACCGUGGCUUUUCCUAGAGGUGUUUCCGGCCUGUUGUAAUCCAUAGUAUUGGGAUUCCCAUGUCUUCCCUUUUUAAAGGUACUGCAUUUCAGCAUGAAACAGUAAACCAAUUACAGAGCUGUUUAACCCUGGCAUCACGUGUCUUCACAAAGCCUCUGUUAUCCUGUGGGUAGUCCCACCAGUGUCUGUCUUACAGUAGCCACUAAAGAUGUCAUAUUAACAGCAUGGCCUGCGGUGUGCAUGUACACUACAGUACAUUGCCAUUGGACAGUAUGGAGCAUUAUUUAGUACUGUUAUUCUACAUGGCGUAGAGAGCUUUUACGUCCUGGCAGAGGACUUCGUUGGGCAAGCUUUGAGUGUUUAAAAGCAAUCAAUGAAAAUAGGUCACACACAUACUCUACAGUAUGUGUAGCCAUAGUGUGACACAGAGGGUAAAUCUUGUCAGAUGCUUAACAUAAUACCUGACCCGAGGGACCUUUAACCUCACUUCCCCUGUAACAUGAGCUCUUUCACUUGCACUGUUGUCGUGGCUAGUGGAGGAAGUGAAAUGGGUCUUCAGGUUGUUGACUGUGAGCAGAGUGGUGUAACCGAUGAACUCUGCAUGUGCCUCAAACAUGUAACAGUGUCAGAAAUAGAAUGAGCUAAACACUGUUUUAUAGCAUAUUUAUAAACCCAGGGACACUAUACUGAGCUGCUAAACCCUGUGUUUGUAUUUACAUUUAUAUUUUAGUCAUUUAGCAGACGCUCUUAUCCAGAGCGACUUAGUGAGUGCAUACAUUUUUCAUACUGGCCCCCCGUGAGAAACGAACCCACAACCCUGGCGUUGCAAGCGCCAUGCUCUACCAACUGAGCUACAGAAUGCCAACCUCCAUGUCUCAGUCCUGUAUCGCAUUAGGGGUGUUAGCAUGGCACCAUGGGGAACUGCAGCCUUGCAGCAAGAACAAGGAAACGCUAAACCCUAACAUAUGGCUGCUCGCAUCCUCCUGUUGUCUCUGCUAAUGUCAUUCUUAAAAACUCUGCCUGCCUGCCUCCCACCAUCUCAGCUGUACUUCCACAGCUCGUAAACAAUGAGCUCCUCCUGGGCUAGAUAAACCACAUUUGAACUGUUCGGUGCAUGGUGUACCCUAGGGAUAGGAUCUUGUGCAAGAAGUGGAUUUUACUUUCAUGAACUACGUACAAUACACAUUAGGCUUACUUUUGUAAUCCUUUGGCAUCACAACAUAUAAAACCAGAGAGAUGAAUUCAUACUCAGAGGCUUACCCGUCUGUCCAAAUAUGACAUGUGAAAUCUUUCUCUAAGGAGUUGAUUAUGCAUCUUAUUCUGAGUUUACUAAUGCAAACAUUUAAAAUUGGAUACAUUUGGGAACGUUGUCUUCACAUGCAUAAAUGUGCUGGUUAUUAAUGGUUCUGAAGGGUUUGUGCAAUGCCACUGCUGUGAAGUUGGGUCAGUAUGGGCUUAUGUUUCACUCUGGUUGUAAUAGCCCAAAGAUUAAAAAAAACUGCAGAUAUUUGUCAGUUUAAAACUCAUUGAGCCUGCAUAUCGCACUUAAAGUCUUAUGUAAACAGCUAUGAGUUGUGUUAUCUAAUGCUGUUCCUGAAUGAUCCAGUUACAUUAUUGACUCUGUUAUGUAACUCUGUGGGUUAGAGAGUGCUCAUCAGAUACCUUGCUGAGUUACAAUACUGACACUGUUAUGUAACUCAGCUGGUUAGAGUGCUCAUCAGAUACCUUCAGUGUUGGGGAAGCUACUCUGAAAAAUAUGUUACCCAAGCUACCAAUUACUUCACACUGGAAGAAGUUAAGGUACACUAAAGGUACCCUUUAGAAAAACAUAGUUUACUUAACUAAAGUUACCUAGAAAAAGUAGUUCACUACAUCCAAACUACUUUGUGAAAAAUUAUCAUAUGUAAAUCUGAAAUGUCACAGACUACAAAUUGCAAGAACAGUUCACUCUGGAGUCAGAUGUUAACAGAAUGUGUAAUUUAGCCUAUUAAACACAAAAAAAGUGAGAAUUAGGCACACAAAAAGUGUUUCAAGUGAGAAUUAAGCAGGUCUGAUGCAGAAAAAGAAAGUAAAUACUUGCCUACUUCACCCAUAUUUUGAUUUUAGCAAAAAAAAGUAGUGUGUAGUUCAAUUAGUUAGCUACACCACUACAUGGCAAAAAAAAGUAAUUAACUACUGAAAACACUACCAAGAUGUGAAUUUAGUUCAACUACCACCAAGCUACUGCAAAAUGUAAUUGAAUUACUAGUUGAACUAAAUGUAGUUCACUAGUCCCCAACACUGGAUACCUUGCUGAGUUACAAUACUGGUUAGAGAGUGCUCAUCAGAUACCUUGCUGAUGUGCAAUUCAACAUAGACUAGCAACACAUUGUUUUGUGUCCUGUCCACAUACAGCACAACACAAUUACCCAUAGGGACAUAUUUGCAUCUGAUAACAUUGUGAAUUAAUCUCUGUGCAUGCAAAUAAACAUCUGUUGAAACAGGGCCUAUGAUGUAAUAUCAGUUUAUUUGCUCAAGUUUAUUGACACUGAGAUAAAAAGUCAAUACUAGAAGGCUAAAUUUGGGAAAAUUAAAUGAUUCAAUCAUGACACAGGAACGUGAUAUUGGACUCAAAAUAUACAAAUAUUGUGUCUGUUGAUGCAUGUUCAGGUGGUCCUCACCAUUUAUACAAUUUAUAUUCUUGAAAUUAAAAUCUGAUUUCAAACCUAACCCUAACAUUAACACUAACCUUAACCUCACUGCUAACCUUAUGCCUAAACCUAACCGUAAUUUAAGACCAAAAAGCUACUUUUUGUUCUCAUGAAUUUUUACGAUAAAGCAUUUUGACUUUGUGGUUGUGGUAACUAGUGGAAACCCAUUCUCAGGGUUGCUGGUUGAAAAACAAAAAUAACUACUACUGUUACAUAUGUCUAUCAUGGUGUGAGAUUUUGAGACCUCCUCCAGCCACCUACACUGUCAUCAGAUCUUUGAUUGGUCUGAUAGGAUGACGUCCCACACUUUUAGUGCUAUUAUUGGUUCAAGCAUUCGUCAUUCAAAAGAUCUUUGCAUGAACGAAACACAUUUCAAUCGUUAAAUAGGGAACAACGCCGGUGUCUACAGGGGGACACAAGUGUCAGGAGGAUAUGUAUUUUCUAAUUGAUAGUAUUAAUUUAAUCGAUUGACGCUCGUUAAUAUUUGCAGCAUAAAUGGUAUUAAGGAAAAUACUAAAAUAGUGUCUUGAUGUAUUGAUUUGGACUGGGGGUAUAUCGACAUGUGUACAGAGGAUUGAUUAGUUGAUGACGUUAGCUGGGCCUUCACUUUCUCUUGUUUUGGCUAGCUUUCUAAUUUCCUAUUUGGCUAGCUUGCUGAUUUCCUAUUUUUGACUGUAGUUCGCUAGCUAAAGCUUGCUUCGUGAUUUCCUCCCUUCGUUUUGCGUGAAGGCAUUGAAAUGAUGAGAGUGAACAGCCUUCAAAGGUGGGUUAGCUAAAAAUGUGGCAGUCAUCCAAUGUUUGCAUUAUGUUGAAUUUAGCUAUAGAUAGAUAGAUAGAUAGCUAGCUGGCGUUCAUUUGUUCAGGCAAGUGGUCUUGUUAACGUAAGUGAACCUAGCUAUUGGCAUUUACUGAGUCUUCUUCUUAGAUGGAUUGUUACUUUGUAGCCAUGAAUGAAGCAGAACAUUGGCUAUUGUAGCAUGCAGUACUAUAGCCUACUAGCUACAACGUUUCCCACCAGGAAACGCAAUGUAGCCAGUCUUUGGAUGUAGCACAGGUAGAUGGAAUCCGGUAAAACAAGUCGCCAUAAUUGUCCAAUCAUGGCAUUGUAAAUAAUGGGUAUAAGUCAUUGAUGAAGGGCAAUUCCAUGUUAUCAGAGCGACGCUGAGACUCACUUUUUCACUUUAAAAUGUAUGCCAAACAAAAACUAUUGAUUGCAAAGUUUAUAAAAACAUACACCUAUAUGCAAAACUAUACUUUUAACAAUUGCCACAGAAAAUUUUACAAAAACACUUAUUUGAGGAACAGUGCAGAUGCAAAGUUUGGUAACAGAAUGACAGUAAAAUCUCCCUCAGUUUUUUAUGUGACCACGUCAAAAAAAAACAUAAAUAAGUACUUCGAAUUAAGAUUCAAAGAUAUCUGUAGAAAGAAUGGGGUGUCAGCUAUGAUAUGACACCUUGAGUUUGAACAAAUCUAUUUUGGUUAUUGAACUUCACUAAGUGAAGUGGAUCAACACCCGGUAACAGAAUGACUGUAACAGAUUGACAUCAUGGGUCAUUGAUCUGUACUAUGCAGAAAUGUAUAAUUAUGAAUUUCAUUCUCUUCAUGGUGAUGUAUCCUGAAUAGGUACACAAAGGUAUAAAAAUGUAAUAUCCUCCUUUGCAUGUUUGAGUAUUAUUCUACACACUGGCUAUUAUUCUAAUGAGCUCCGCCUCCAUACAUGACCAAAUUUGGUUGGUCCAAAUCGGACCAAAUCUCUACCAAUCAUAGACGUCUAUGUUUCACAAGUUUGGACAUCACAGGAGAGCACAGUAGAGUAUAUAGUACAGCACAGUAUAGUUCAGUCCAGUAGAGUAUAUUAUACUGUACUCUACUCAUGUGCUCUACUGUACUGAACUCUACUCUACUUCCAUCUGUGUGACCAGAAAUCAAAGCCUUUGCUUAUUCCAAAUGUUUAGGAUGUAAAAUUGUUGAAAAAUGUAUCUAUGCCUUAAUUUAAAAAAAAUACAGACUCUUAGCUUUCAUUUGAUAUGCUCUUAUAAACUUCAGGUUGGUGCUCAUGGGUCCUUUUACAUGGAUUUUGGUCAAUCACUAAAAUGUGAGUGUGCCUGUAGGCCUACUUGUGUUAGUUAUAUGCUAUUUUUCUUUGAGAUGUACUUUGUCAGUCUUUGGUCUUCUCGUGUGUUAUUUUCCUGCUUUCGUCAAUUGGCAUGGUACACUGUUGCAUGAACAACCCAGAAACAGUGUUGGAACAGCACUCAAUCAGGAUGACCUCUAACACCAGUAUUGGAACAGCCCUUAGUCCUCCCCGCUAUCUGCCCCAGUAACACUUGCUGCAUGUUGCUGUAUGUUUCAGGUUCAUGAACAGGCGGGCCUCUGCUAACUGCCGCUACCAGCCCACCUGCUAUGAGCAUGCUGCAAACUGCUAUACUCACGCGGUGAGUUCACGUUCCCUAAGUGUAGGCCUACUGUACAAAAACUGGUUUUCAAAUGUCAGACCUCAAUUGUUGUUUUUCCCAUGCUUAAUUCUAUUGACAGAAUUCUACCUGGUGUUGAUAGGGUUAUGGAGAAAACACAUUUGACCAAAAACACUAUAAUUGUAGACUACACUGGGUGUAUGUUACAAGGAUAGUUUUCAACAGUUGGUAAUGUUAAUCCGUCUCCCUUUGUCUGUACCCUGCAGCUCCUCAUCGUACCAGCCGUUGUGGGCAUGGCCCUGCUGCACCGGCUCUCAGACGACCGCUGGGAGAAGAUCACAGCCUGGGUGUACGGUAUGGGCCUGUGUGCCCUCUUCCUGGUCUCCACUGUGUUCCACAUCAUCACCUGGAAGAAGAGCCACAUGAGGUGAGGAGGCAGAGGAACGUUCUAUCACACUAGACCAGGGGUCUUCAACCUUUUCUUGCCAAGGGACCACCUCCCAGGCAAAACGGUGACCCAGGGACCCCAUCAUACGUUAGCAAAUAUAUUUUUUUACAUGUCUUGUCUUAUCAUCAGGUGAAUGAUAAUGGAAAGGAGAAGGAAUCAACAUUUUAAAAUGAAUCGAUUUUUGAUUAUUUUGACCUCCCCACAUUAUAAUUGAAAGAGGAAGUGUAAACUCAUAGCCUAUUAGUUAGAAAGGUAACUCCAAACACAUUUUUGCUAAGAGCAGCUGUUUAGCUGGUUAAACAAAGGUUAACCAUGUGUUGGCAAAAAUGAAUGUCCAAGUCAAGAGCUUACCAGCAGCACUUGUUGCAAUGGUAACCUAUUCGUGGGUGCUUUUUCAAAGCCUAUGUCAGAUACUCCAGUGAGUGUAAUUUGAAGUAGCAGGUCCGACUACAGUAACAGGUCUGACUACCUGAGUUAUAGUAUACAGCACCCAGCAGAUAGUCAUUUUAAUUGGAUACUAGGUAUGAGUGGGCAGACACAAUCAAAGGCCAAAGAGAGAAAUACUGAAUUAUUGGUCUUGAUUCUAGGUCUGUGGAGCACUGCUUUCAUAUGUGUGAUAGAGUGGUCAUCUAUUUCUUCAUCGCAGCCUCCUACACACCGUGGUAAGUUCUAUUUCUAAUACCAAUUUCGAUAUGUAACUUAUGGGAUACGCCUAAGGGGCGGAUCACAAGCUCGAAGUAUCCAAUCACACAGCGUCUGUUGGAGACAGUCCGGUCGAGUGGCGAAUGAGGUGAGCCCCUCUCCUCCAUAAAGGUAGCCACUCGCCCGCCAACUGGUCAUGACCGCGUUCACUAAAAGCUCUCCUUAGCACAACUACAUUCCUGUCUUCCUAGUGAACUGUUUUCAGGCGAACUGUAAGGUUAAUGCUGCCGAACUUAGGGCCUCAGCUCUUGUCGAUAGUGUUGAGUACUGACCGAAAGGAAAGUUUUGCUUCGAGUAGAAUUCACUUUCUACUCGUUCAGCCUCCGGUUUUCAGGUAGUGCCACACGGCUAGCUACCGAGACUCGGUUAGCCCUCGCUUCGGCUAACUAGGUUAGCACACGCUGUAAGGCUUUAACUAACCACACUAACAAAUGUCUAGCUCCCGCAGCAAUGCUUAAGCUAACCUGGCUAACUAGCUGCAAAGCAAGCUAACCGCACCAGCCUUACUACCAGCAACACUACUAUUGCUAGCUCUCUUCUUCUCUCGUCUGAUUAAAAUCUACGUUUACACGUUUUUAUUAACCCCCUAAGGUUGAUGUUUGCGCCCCCGCUGAAAUAUAAUUAGCAUAAUAAUAAUUAAAAAAACCAUAAAGAUCUGUCAGGUUUAAGCCAGAGAUAUGUUUUUUUGCAUUGGAUGCGUCUCAAUCCACCGCAUCCACCUAUGUAACACUUCCGCAUCGGCGGUGACAGAGCUAGAGCAGUGUUUGUCAUACCAUGAGACAUCCCGAAAAUCGGUCUUCUCGCAAAAUCGUCUGUAGCGUCCGAACAGUUUGGGCUACACACUAAUCUAACGUACAUGUCAGUUGUUUUGCUCUAGGACGCCCACAGGCCUCACAAGAAUCGUCUGAAGGUCCCCCGGUAGCAGUCGACAAUUUUUAUGGAAGUACACUAUAUAUACAAAAGUACGUAGACACCCCUUCAAAUUAGAGGAUUCGGCAAUUCAAGCCACACCCGCUGCUGACAGGUGUAUAAAAUCGAGCACACACCCAUGCAAUCCCCAUAGACAAAAAAUGGCAGAAUGGCCUUACUGAAGAGUUCAGUGACUUUCAACGUGGCACCAUCAUAGGAUGCCACCUUUCCAACAAGUCAGUUUAUCAAAUUUCUGUCCUGGUAGAGCUGCCCCGGUCAACUGAAAGUGCUGUUAUUGUGAAGUGGAAACGUCUAGGAAAAACUCAGCCGCGAAGUUGUAGGCCGCCGAGUGCUGAAGAGCGUAGCGCGUAUAAAUCGUCUGUCCUCAGUUGCAGCACUCACUACCAAAAUCCAAACUGCCUCUGGAAGCAACGUCAGCACAAGAACUGUUCGUCAGGAGCUUCAUGAAAUGGGUUUCCAUGGCCGAGCAGCCGCAUACAAGCCUAAGAUCACCAUACGCAAUGCGAAUCGUCGGCUGGAGUGGUGUAAAGCUCGCCGCCAUUGGACUCUGGAGCAGUGGAAAACGUGUUCUCUGGAGUAAUGAAUCACGCUUCACCAUCUGGCAGUACGACGGACAAAUCUGGGUUUGGUGGAUGCCAGGAGAAUGCUAUCUGCCUGAAUUUAUAGUGCCAACUGUAAAGUUUGGUGGAGGAGGAAUUAUGGUCUGGGGCUGUUUUUCAUGGUUCGGGCUAGGCCCCUUCGUUCCAGUGAAGGGAAAUCUUAACGCUACAGUAUACAAUGACAUUCUAGACGAUUCUGUGCUUCCAACUUUGUGGCAUCAGUUUGGGGAAGGCCCUUUCCUGUUUCAGCAUGACAAUGCCCCCAUGCACAAAGUGACGUCCAUACAGAAACGGUUUGUUGAGAUCGGUGUGAAAGAACUUGAUUCCUGACCUCAACCCCAUCAAAUCUUUGGGAUGAAUUGGAAUGGCGACUGCGAGCCAGGCCUAAUCGCCCAACAUCACUAAUGCUCUAGUGGCUGAAUGGAAGCAAGUCCUCAUAGCAAUGUUCCAACAUCUAGUGGAAAGCCUUCCCAGAAGAGUGGAGGCUGUUAUAGCAGCAAAGGGGAGACCAACUCCAUAUUAAUGCCCAUGAUUUUGGAAUGAGAUGUUCAACGAGCAGGUGUCCACAUACUUUUGGUCAUGUAGUGUAUAUAUGGAGGCUGUUUAGCGCCCAAAAUAAGGGGUUAAAUACAUAUUUCUUAUAUCUCUCAGAUAUAGGAUAGACACUUCAGAACAAACUUCCUUUUAGAUUUUUUGGGGGGUGACUAUCUGUUGUACCAUGUAGUGAAUACAGUGAGGGAAAAAAGUAUUUGAUCCCCUGCUGAUUUUGUACGUUUGCCCACUGACAAAGAAAUUAUCAGUCUAUAAUUUUAAUGGUAGGUUUAUUUGAACAGUGAGAGACAGAAUAACAACAACAAAAUCCAGAAAAACGCAUGUCAAAAAUGUUAUGAAUUGAUUUACAUUUUAAUUAGGGAAAUAAGUAUUUGACCCCCUCUCAAUCAGAAAGAUUUCUGGCUCCCAGGUGUCUUUUAUACAGGUAACGAGCUGAGAUUAGGAGCACACUCUUAAAGGGAGUGCUCCUAAUCUCAGUUUGUUACCUGUAUAAAAGACACCUGUCCACAGAAGCAAUCAAUCAAUCAGAUUCCAAACUCUCCACCAUGGCCAAGACCAAAGAGCUCUCCAAGGAUGUCAGGGACAAGAUUGUAGACCUACACAAGGCUGGAAUGGGCUACAAGACCAUCGCCAAGCAGCUUGGUGAGAAGGUGACAACAGUUGGUGCGAUUAUUCGCAAAUGGAAGAAACACAAUAGUAGUGUCAGUCUCCCUCGGCCUGGGGCUCCAUGCAAGAUCUCACCUCGUGGAGUUGCAAUGAUCAUGAGAACGGUGAGGAAUCAGCCCAGAACUACACGGGAAGAUCUUGUUAAUGAUCUCAAGGCAGCUGGGACCAUAGUCACCAAGAAAACAAUUGGUAACACACUACGCCGUGAAGGACUGAAAUCCUGCAGCGCCCACAAGGUCCCCCUGCUCAAGAAAGCACAUAUACAGGCCCGUCCGAAGUUUGCCAAUGAACAUCUGAAUGAUUCAGAGGAGAACUGGGUGAAAGUGUGGCGGUCAGAUGAGACCAAAAUCGAACUCUUUGGCAUCAACUCAACUCGCCGUGUUUGGAGGAGGAGGAAUGCUGCCUAUGACCCCAAGAACACCAUCCCCAUCGUCAAACAUGGAGGUGGAAACAUUAUGCUUUGGGGAUGUUUUUCUGCUAAGGGGACAGGACAACUUCUCCGCAUCAAAGGGACGAUGGACGGGGCCAUGUACCGUCAAAUCUUGGGUGAGAACCUCCUUCCCUAAACCAGGGCAUUGAAAAUGGGUCGUGGAUGGGUAUUCCAGCAUGACAAUGACCCAAAACACACGGCCAAGGCAACAAAGGAGAGGCCCAAGAAGAAGCACAUUAAGGUCCUGGAGUGGCCUAGCCAGUCUCCAGACCUUAAUCCCAUAGAAAAUCUGUGGAGGGAGCUGAAGGUUCGAGUUGCCAAACGUCAGCCUCGAAACCUUAAUGAGUUGGAGAAGAUCUGCAAAGAGGAGUGGGACAAAAUCCCUCCUGAGAUGUGUGCAAACCUGGUGGCCAACUACAAGAAACAUCUGACCUCUGUGAUUGCUAACAAGGGUUUUGCCACCAAGUACUAAGUCAUGUUUUGCAGAGGGGUCAAAUACUUAUUUCCUUCAUUAAAAUGCAAAUCAAUUAAUACAUUUUUUGACAUGCGUUUUUCUGGAUAUGUUUGUUGUUAUUCUGUCUCUCAUUGUUCAAAUAAACCUACCAUUAAAAUUAUAGACUGAUCAUGUCUUUGUCAGUGGGCAAACGUACAAAAUCAGCAGGGGAUCAAAUACUUUUUUCCCUCACUGUAUGUUAUUCAAUGCAUUUGUAUGGGCCAAUUGCAGUAAGGCCUAAAAUAAUUUAUAAAAUUGUUUAUAUAUAUUUUUUUUUAUACUUCAAGGGGUCUUAAAAUUCCAAAUCAAAUAGCAAAAGGAUCCUUGGUAUGACCUUCUUAAAACAUUUCCAUAUAGCUUAGUAGUAACAGGUCUUAGACUCUUAUGGGGUAACUAGACCUACUGGUUAGCCUCACGGCUCUACGGUCGUGGGAGAACACCUACCCGAACUGCCGACAUGUGGUUCCCUCCGGCCAGCACUGGGCUAGCUACAGCAUGCCUUAGCAAAGUUGGCUGCUAGGUAGCCAACACAUCACUAGCCUCACGGCUGUAGCAUUCUCACUGUGCAGACCUUAGCUAGUAUUAGGUGCAAGGUCUAACUAAAGCCACAGAGCUUACACAUUGUUUUUACAACAGGCAUCUCAGCGUAGCCCUGAACUACACAAUGGCCACUGCUGCCCCAUCCCAAGACGACCCUAGCGAAGCAUGACGAGGACGGGAUUAAUCUUGUGGUCUCCUCGACUUUGAGACUGAGAUGGAGGACAAAGACACUCUUCUUCCCCCCUCUCAAGUCCCGAUGUCCCCCCGCCCCUGAGAUGGAGGAGCCACUAAUCUCCCUUUGGAGUACGGGCUCCUCCUCAACAUUUGCAAGCAAGCUGCGGCUAGACUCUGUAUCGGGUGGCCAGCUCCCAUGUGGGGCCAGGACCCCGGAAGGGACCUGCACAAUGGAAAAAUACUCCCAUCCCGCAUGGCCCCCGCUAAGCAACUGCUUCCCACGGUCACAGCCUGCCUCAGAGAGGCUAGGCGCUCAUGGGAUAAGCCCCUUACCAGCAGCAUCCUGGCUAGGGGUUCCCUAGCAAGGACAUGCACGAUAUGGAGGGAUCUGGGUUUCGCAACCCUCCCAUGGUAGAACCGUCAGUGGCUGACCACCUCCACCCCACACACUGUGCUGCUAGCACUACUGGCACUUCCCUCCCUGGAAAGACAGAGCGCUUUAUUGCCUCCAUUUUCCAUAAGACAUACAAAGCCUCAAACCUUUAAAUCAGAGACCUUAACAUGAUCUCUUUAUUGUUGGCCUACCAGGCAGAGUUACUGGAGGAUGUGGGGAAGCAACUGGAUUGCUUGGGAUGAGAUCUGUAUGAUUACAUAUCUAAACCUCUGUGCCUCCCAUAAUGCCAUCUAAGGCUGUGGUCAUACCAUGAGUCUGGUGGUGGUGUGAGAAAGGGCUAUUUGGCUAAGCUUAUCCAGCUUGACAGACAAAGAAAAAGUGGACCUCCUGGAUGCCCCUGUGACACCCAAGGAGUUGUUCGGCCUGCUGUCGCCGCCGCAUGUCGCAGAAGUGGCCUUAGCCUCACAGCAAGGAGGGGGCAACAACUGGCCUUAGGGGCCCUAAACCCUCAGCGACACAGCAGACUGCCAAUACCCAGGCUAAGCCCUUUAACCAAGGCAAACCUGAAGCCAAACAAUCCUUUUCUGCGGCCUCAGCAAGGUUCCACCCUCCUAAUCUAGGGCACAGCCCUAACUGGCAGAGGAGGAUAGUGUGCAAAGCCUACGGCCUCUCUUGGGUUUAACGUAAGCCGUGUGAGAGUGGGGAGGCACAUCUGUGAAAAAAUCGCAAAAAAAACUAUUCCCUUUGCAGCUGCGCACUUUUGUGACAUUGCUCACCUGGGAAGAUGGAGGAUGUGCACUCUUACCCCCCGAGUGCCAUCCCACUUGGACUCUCCGCUUGGCACCUUCUCAGGUUUUAGCCAGGGAUGAAAAAGUCUGCAUGUUCGUUCUCCUUCCGGUCUCUUCUGACAUACGGAGCUGGAUGACAGAUUGCCUUUUGCUAUUCUACCAUGGCUUCCUAAUUUUUCCUUGCCUUACGGCAUUGUUGCUUUUAACUAUCUUUUGCAUGAGCAACACAGUAAAAACAGGCUCAUGUGGGCACCUCCUCAGUACUACCACCAGGAGGUGCCAUCACUAAGUGAGCAAGGCAGAGGAGAAACUUGCACUUUUCUCCAUUUUCAUAGCGAUAAAUAGGAAAUCAGGUUUCCGGGGUUCACUUUAAGGACCACCAUAACCCACUGGGUUUCUCUGAGUCUUUUUUUGGGCAAUUUUAUGGCAACUUAGCUCUAUUGCUAGAAAACUAUUUGUAUUGAGCUAUAGGACAGUCUGUACAGUAUUCCAUUACUGGUACUUUCUUUUCCAAGGAAAAAUAAGAGGGGGGGAAUGGUUAACUUUGCUGGGCACUGGAGCCCCAGACAGCUAUCUGGUACACCAAGUCCACCACGCUCUGGCGUUUUUUCCUCAUCCCGUUCUUACCUGUGCUUGGUUCGCGCAGUCUGAGAUUUAGUCAGCUCCACCUUCGCUUUCAGAACGAGUGGCUGAGGAGAUCUUUGCUCUUGCUAACCCUCCCUUCCGGGGUAGGGCCAAAACAUACCAGACAUACAGGCAACUGCCAAAAUAAAGGAAACAACACAAAGUGUCUUAAUAGGGUGUUAACAGCCUCAAUGUGCCUUGGCAUAGUUUCUGCAAGUGUCUGGAACUCUAUUGAAGGGAUGUGACACAAUUCUUCCACGAGAGGUUUUGUUGAAGGUGGUGGAAAACGCUGUCUCAGGCGCUGCUCCAGAAUCUCCCAUAUUGGGUGGAAAUCUGGUGACACACACACACACCCUUUAAACCCCCUAUGCUCCUUUGAGACCCCUCUUUCAAAGACACUGGGCAACUGGGCUUUUUAUACAUAACCAUGAGCAUGAUGGGAUAUUAAUUAAUCUCAAUUGUUUCCUUUAUUUUGGCAGUUACCUGUAGCUAAUCUAUUGCAUAGGAUUAGGAUCUGGGUAACCAGCAGGUUUCCUUCUUUCUUUUGGCUACACCGGUUGACGCCGUUCGUCAUUCCGUUGGCCGCUCUCUCGCGCAAAGAACCCCGCUCGGUGACACGGUAUAGCCAUACCUAUUGCCACCUGCUAGGGACGCAGUCCAAGAGUAUCAAGCAUGUUUUGCAAGAAUCAUUAUGCUCAUAUGCCUUCGACCCAUUCAUUAAGAGAUAUCAUUACGAGUUAACUGGGACACUCUCUGCCCCCCCGUGGCGUUAUCACACCCUGGGGUGAGCAUGACACGCGUGUGCUGGCACUUCAAACCGGUCCCUGAGAACCCGCCCUCCGUAUCUAUCCAGACUGACUCGAGAAGACAGACUGUUAGAAGCGUCUUCCCUAUAAUGGUUCUUUGGAGACCCCGCACCUACAUGGUGAUUACGCACCACUAGGGGUGGAAGCAACGGCACACCCUCUCAAGGGUAAUGCCCUAUGCUUUUUCUCUCUCCUAGGCCUGACACCCCCGACUCUAAGCAGAGCGAGGUAACAUCUUCGUCUUCCGCGAUGACCAGGUACGUCCUGGUUAGCGGAGACCACUCUCCUGCUCUAAAACCAGUCCUGGUAACCACCGUUAUGCAGGGAUCCACGGACCCUAACAUACGGAAAGAUUUGCACCCUCACCCAGUAGCCGUGACCCUCUGAGCAUAGCCCGUGGGAGGAUAAAUCUGAAUGCGACAAACCGGCCACUCAAGAUCUUUCACGAUCCAGAGUGCCAGUGCCCCUCAUACACGCCCAUUGUUUGGAGAAACAAACAAUCUGUUUUUUUGGAGAAGUGUUGUGACCUACACAGAUCAUUCCUUAAAUGCUCUGUAUGCUUCAUUGCAGGACUUUGGACAGAGGGAAGAUCUCCAAAGGUCCAGUUGACUGCUAUCUCGCCCUGUCACACAGGCCUCGACAGUUACACAGUAGGGUAACACCCUCUGUGAUGUUGUUUUGAGGGCCAUCCUACGCAAAGACCACCUCAUAGGGACUCUCUAUUGGAUUGAGGCUUUGCUAUGGGAACUAUUGAGCGGGAAUGUAUUAUUACUUUCUCUUUCUAACACCCUUACGUCUUGCCUAAUGGUUUGCAAAACGAGUUGAGGGGCUCCAGCUCACUAGCAACCAACCUCUGCGGGUUUUUUGGGCACCUCCCUGGCUUCAGAGAGCAUGUCUGUGUUAUGGGAGUUGGCCAUAUCCCAUAAGUGACACAUCGAAACGAGUAUUAGAAAUAGAACUUUGGGUUACUUGCGUAACCCCGGUUCUAUGAUAAUAUGAGUGAGAUGUGUCACCGCUUUUCCCUGUUCGCAAGAGCGCAAGGAAGAGGCAUGCUUGAAAAUGACCAGUUGGCUGGCGAGUGGCUCCCUUUAUGGAGGAGAGGGGCUCAUCUCAUUCGCCACUCGACCAGUCUGUCUUCAACAGACACUGUGUGAUUGGAUACUUCGAGCCUGUGACCCGCCCCUUAGGCAUAUCCCAUAAGUGACACAUGUCACUGGUAUUCUCAUAGAAUCGGGGUUACGCAAGUGUGAUGUGAUGAGGAUCCUGCAGUUGGUAUGUUUCCCUAGGCUAAAGUGUGGAAUGAACAUAAUCUUUCUCUCCUGCCAGGUUGAAUCUUCGUGAGCUUGGCCCACUCGCAGUUCACAUGCGUUGGUUUGUAUGGCUAAUGGCUGCUGCAGGAACGAUAUAUGUCUUCAACUACCAUGAAAAGUGAGUAUAAUAACCUUUUUACAAUUUAAUUAUUAUGCUUUUUUUGCAAUGUAAAUAUUAUUUUUUUAAACUAAAUCUUCAGUGGAGUAAUUGGAUAUGUACAGACUACGGCCUCAAUGAAUCCUAUAACAAUGAAGCUGACAAACAGGGCCAUUGUUAUAUCUGCUAAGCAUCAUCACUUUUGUUGCUGUCAAUGUUGUACUUUUUUUGGUGAUAAAGUAGGUCUGUUUUAAUAUGGAAUAUUCUAUGUGUUUCUUUGUUCUAGGUAUAAAGUUGUUGAGCUCGCCUUCUAUUUGACUAUGGGUUUUUUCCCUGCGUUGGUUGUGACAUCAAUGGUAACGUACUCCGUUUUACAUAUUGACUUUCUGCUGUAAUCUCCUUACUCAGUCACCACCCACACUCACAGCGCUAGUGGCAGUGCUGCUUACAUUUGCAUCUGCUGCUUACUGUUUGCUUUGACACUCUGUCUCGAGGUAUCUGGCAGAUGCAUUAAACAUGACCGAUUUUACAUAGCUUAAUUAAAAUGGCCCUAGAAUAUCUGGUAUCUGUCAAUUCCACCAAACCAGUGUCUACAUAUGUGAAAACAGUGUGUUUCUAUGAUCUGUGGUUAGAAAGAUAAGAACAAAGCUCCUAAAGAAAAUGCUUUUCUGUGACAUCACAGGGUAGGAUUAAAAAAAUAAAAGCGGUGAUUUUCAAAACCUGCAAUGAGUUUCUGCCCAAGGGAGGGUCUUUUCUUGGUCCCCACAUCAACAUCAAUCUCAUAGUGUUUGAAAAUCACUGUUUUUAAAAUGGUUUGAACUUUUGAUGAUGUCAUCGGGUAGAACUUUUAACUUCAUUUUUUUCUACAAAACAUUAGAAACGCGCUGUUUGCCAUUGUGUUGACACUGGAAUUGUACUGGAGAUAAUGAAAAUGAGGUUGGAAAGUGGUGGAGUUGCCCUUUAAGGUGCUCUAUUGUUUUGCACCUUUGUAAAGCCUACUGUCAUCAGGUGUUUUUGCUAAAAACAUCAAGUUAAUGAAUUUGUUAAUGUGUGUAUUAGUUACUUACUAUACAUUAUCAGUAGCAUCCAUCACCAAGGCGUAGUGAUCACAGCCUCCAUCACCAUCCUUCACUUGUGUACCACUAUAUCCCUCAAACUCAACUCUGGACCUUGAAGCCAGUCCCACUGCAUUUUUUCAUUGUUCCCCUCUAAUCAGGGACUGAUUUAGACCUGGGACACCAGCUGUGUGCUAUUUAAUUAUUAGGUAGGACAGAAAACCAGCAGGCUCCAGACCUCGUAGGGUAAAAGAGUUGAAUACCCCUGCACAAUAUAAUCAGCAGAAUAUCUGUUGUUCAGCCUCCUAUGCCCCCUUGUGGACUUCUUGUGGUAGUUCACUCAGACUCCAAAGGUUUUUGGUAUUUGUAUUACAGUACUAUAUGCUGAACCUUGGAGAAUAAUAUUAUAGUCCUUUACAUUAGAUUUUUCCCCAAAUUUUCCACAGAACAACACGGAUGGACUGUACGAGUUGGCCUGUGGGGGACUCAUCUAUUGCCUGGGCGUGUUCUUCUUCAAGUCGGACGGGGUCAUCCCGUUUGCCCAUGCCAUCUGGCACGUGUUUGUGGCGCUGGCUGCAGCCGUGCACUACUACGCUAUCUGGAAGUACCUCUACAGGAGUCCCCCUGCUAAUACUAUUCGGGACGCCUGACCCCCACCGCGUCAAGUAGGCUAACUGAAAACACAGUGCCCUCCUGUGCCUCUCGACAGAGGCACCAGCACAUAGACUCCCACAACUGCCCACCGAGGCUGCAACCACAGCCGGAACGUUUACGAAAACGACCAUGCAUUGUUUACUGUUUUCGGGUGGGGAACAGUUUUUUCGGUUUAUCUUUGACUGUACAAACCUUGAACAAAGGCUACUUGUAAUUCUGCUUUUGUACAACUGUUGUUCAGUUGGAACCCCCAAACAACUAAAAUGAUCAACUUUUGACUUCCAUUUGGCAAUUGUUCUCAUCUUCUGCACGUAAUGAUACAUUGGGCCGAAUUGAUCUCAGUGUUUUGUAUCAAGUGAAAGUCGGCCACAUUCCAUACUUAGUAUCAUCUGUCAAUUGUAGUGAUUCUGUCAGUCAUCUUAUUGAUUGAAAAGCAGUUGGGAAGGACAUUCAAUUGAAUUGGGCUUUUCACUCAGAGGUAAAUGUGCACUGUACACAUUGGACACAAAAUGUCUGAAUCAGUAUCUAAGUGAAGACUUAUUUUUCUGAAGCACUUUUGUAUGAUAAGAACCACAAAGAACCAUUGGAUAUGCUGUUUAAUAAGUACUCUGAUUUGUGGAAUUGUAUCCUUUCUCACAAAUAUGGAGCGCUCAGAAGCUGAGUAUUUGAGUUGUUAUAGCCUUUAAAAAAGGGUCUCUGUGAUUGGACUGAACUUCCAGAAAGAUACAGUAUCUACAGUACAUCUGAGAUGUACAGUACUUCUGCACAGACUAUCACUGCUGCCACACUUAUGGUACAGUAGAUAGUUCCAGUAUAUCACACACUUCCUGAUUAAAAACUCUCCUCACAUCCUAAAUUACCCUUCUGUUCUUUGUAUUCAUUUUCACCUGUUAUGUGUUUUCGGAUCUUCAAUGGUACUGCAUUCCCUACCUUUCUUUUGAGGAGUAUUUGCCAUUUCAGUUGAGAAACUAUGAAGACCAGUACCAUUAUACUCUGAGGUUGAAUUGAUUGAGAAACUCAUCAUGUACAACCAACCCUAUAAUGAUUUUUAAUGGUUGGUAGAUUUAUCCAUUUUUAGCUUUGUGUCUCAAAUGAAUUCUCACUUGUUUCUCAAAUUGCCAGAGACAGUUUUUGGAACAAGUGUUCACACAUGUUCCUUGUGUAAAACACUGUACAGCCCUUGGUGAGCAUGCCUUUGUUUCCCCUCCCUGACAUCUUGUUAGCUAUGCUAAGUGGAGAAAUCAGAUGAUUUUGUUAAGGAUUGUAGAUUUUCUGAAAUGUCUUGCUCCCUUUACCACAAUGUUUUGUAAUAUUUGUAUAUUCUGUUUUGGCACAUGAUCCCGUACUGGCCUUUGUAGGGAAAACAUCUGCUUCUUGUUAACUCUCUACUUUAUCCAUUGGGUGUUUUGGUGCUGUACAUAUAGAAAACAAUUUUCACUCUGUAAGAAAUAGGCCACUAAUGUGUUGAUAAAAAAUAAAUGCCCUCAACAUCGUUA